AUGGCCUUCACCACCAAGCCCAUCUCCAACAUCGCCAUGGCUUUCGCCGCCGAGAAAGCCGGCAAUACCGUCGAAAUGCCGCACGCUCGCGGUGACGGCGCUCAGGAAGCCUUUACUGGCCCCUCCGGCGCGCCGCCCGCAAAGCAUCUGACCGGACCUCUCCCCACCCCUCCGAACUCCAUCUCUCCGACCCUUCCUCCCCAUGCGCUCCGCGCUGGACACCCUCCUCGUACCUCUCCUCCCGUCAUCCACCUCGACUCCGACACCGAGCUCCAGGAUGCGCCGGAUCACCACCGCCCGCAGGCUCUCAGCAGCGCCGCCCUCUCCGGGCUCGAAGCCGCUGGAGCCAUCACGCCGGCCAUGCUGGCGCGCGACCAUCUCCCGGACAUCCUGCUCGCCCACGGCCCCAUCGCCAUCCGUCACGUCCUGGCCUACCUGACGCAGUCGGUUCCCGGCUUCUCGCGCAUCGCGCCAGCCAAGGCCCGACGCCUCGUCGUCAGCGCGCUCGAGUCCCGAGGCGGCGGCGGCAAAGCCGGCGACGUCGAGUUCGAGAAAGUGGGCUGGGGCCGCUGGGACGCUCGGAUCCGGGGCCAGCCGCCGCGCGAGCGGUCGCAGCAGGCGUCCGGCGCGGGCAUGGCGCUCGUGGAGGAGGAGCCGCGGCAGCUGUCGGGGCUCUCGCCGCCGGAUAGCGGUAUCGAGGUCGGGUCGUACGCGUUCAGCCAUGGUAGCGAGCUGCGGAUACCCAGGCGGAGGGACGACCGCCGAGGGAUUCUGUAUGGCAGCUCCUGGGCUGGCGAAAGCAUGAUGUCGAGCCACGACAUCGACGAGGAGAUGUCGGACAUGAACAUGGCGGAGCACGAGGCGGAUAAGAUGUCGCUGGACGGCGACAACGAUGGCGAGUCCGUCUCCUCGUCGUCCGCUGCGCCGGAGGAACCGCCCCUGCCGCUCGACAUGGACGACCAGGACGAAGCGACAGACGAAGAGGACUGGGCGAGCAUCGGCGCCGAGGCGCUGCGGCGCGGUUCCAUGCCCUCUGGGAGGCCCGGGAUGUACGCCCGCAAGGACUACAACUUCCUCUCGCGGCACUCGACGGCGUUGGCGAAGAGCGCCCCGCGGUACCAGCAUCGGCCUAGUCCUGUAACCUACCAGCGGCCGCCGCAGCUCCAGCGCGUUGUCAGUGGGCCGGGCGCGCUGGGGAUAGGCGGCCGGGCUUCUUCGACAUCAUCUUGUUCGCGAUUUGCAUCUUUGAACGGCGUCACGGAGGGUUUCACUCUGGACAUGGGAAUGGGAAUGGGAGGGCCGCAGAACUCGCAGGAGCGGGAGGCGGUCGAGGCGUUGUUGCGCAUGGGAUCGAUCAACUCCGUGUUGAACAGACUGGAACCGUAUGGAUACCGGCCACUGGGAUCAGCGAACACGAUCAGGCUACUAGAAAUUGAACCGGGGGAUUUUCAGGACCAUGUCGUUUGCCAUGUACACUAUGUGGAUCUGGAGACGUCGCCGCGAUAUGAGGCACUGUCCUACACCUGGGCAGACUCUGACGGAGACGCAACGCUCAGAAAGCAUGUUAGCCUCACAGAUGACCGUGUGGAACGGCCUGGUUCCAUCAAAGGCGAGCAUCGCGAGUUGGCCUUGUUGGCCAUCACGGCCAAUUGCGAUAUGGCAUUGCGCCGGCUACGCUCAACGUCUGAGCGGCGGACUGUUUGGAUCGAUGCCAUCUGUAUCAACCAGCGAGGCAAUGAGGAAAAGAGCGUGCAGGUUCAAAUGGUGAGCUGUAUUUAUGUCAGUGCUGAGGGAGUGCUUGCAUACAUUGGGGAACACAGCUAUGACAGCGAAUUCCUCUUCAACGAACUCGAGGACAUCUACGACUUCAGCGUCUUCAACGAUUUGCUAAUGGGCGAAGCAACCCUACCAUGGCAGCUGAAUGGAUCUUAUUUCGAUUCAUUAAUGAAGUUACUCUCCAGGCCGUGGUUUGAACGGAUUUGGACACUUCAGGAGGCUACCAUCCAAGAAAAGGUCGAGAUUCUCUGUGGAGCGUCCAAGCUUCCUUUAAGCUGUCUGACCUCAGAGGUUUACAAACUGCAAGAGGAACGCCACCUUGCUCCGUGGAGGAUGGCGUGGUACCACCCCUAUGUCUUCGGAAAGUGUGAGAGGGAAAGCCUGAUCCCCUGGACAUCCUUCAACGCUCGCGGCGCUGCUGCUCUACAGAUCCACGCGACAAGGUUUUCGGGAUCUGCGGCCUAG